AUUUCCUAGGCUCUGAUAAAAGCUAAGCUCUUUUCUUUCUUUUUUUUCCUUAAUUUUUUUUUUUUAAAAUUUCUUUAUCACCCAACAGUAAUAAACUGCCAAAAGCCCUCACUUGCUUUACUCACAAGGUGUUGAUAUAUAGAAACCUCCCUCUCCUCCAUUCACAAAUCACAAUAGAGAGAGAGAGAGAGAGAGAGGAGAGGAGAGAGAGAGAGAGAAGUAGAGAGGCAGGCCCUUAUAGUUGGUGGCCUUUUGAGAUGAGAGUUGGAGGAGUAGUGGGGGUGUAUGAUGGUGGGAUCUGGGUUUCUCCACACUGCUUUGGUGGGAUUGAUUGGGCUCUUCCUGGGUUUGGUUUUGGACCAUUUUCUCCCUUUGGUCUUGAACCUUAGAUCAGCUCCAAGGGGCAGCUUUGGGUGGCCCUUGGUUGGUGAAACCUUGAGGUUUUUGAGACCACAUGCAUCAAACACCCUUGGGAGCUUCUUAGAGGAGCAUUGUUCCAGGUAUGGCAAAGUGUUCAAGUCACAUCUCUUCUGCACCCCAACAAUAGUGUCAUGUGACCAAGAACUCAACCAUUUCAUCCUCCAAAAUGAGGAGAGGCUCUUCCAGUGCAGCUACCCCAGGCCCAUCCAUGGAAUCCUUGGUAAAUCCUCCAUGAUAGUGGUGGUGGGUGACACCCACAAGAGGCUCAGGAACUUGGCCCUCACCCUUGUCACCUCAUCCAAGUCAAAAGCUGGGUUCCUACAUGACACGGAGAAAACAGCACUUCACAUCAUAGCCUCAUGGAGAGACAAAAAGAGAGUCCUUUUCUGUGAGGAGGCUAGAAAGUUCACCUUCAGUGUGAUAGUGAAGCAAGUGCUUGGCCUGUCACCAGAUGAGCCCCAAACUGCCAGGAUCCUUGAAGAUUUUCUCACCUUCAUGAAGGGCCUCAUCUCUUUCCCUCUCUACAUCCCAGGAACCCCCUAUGCAAGGGCAGUUCAGGCUAGAGCUAGGAUCUCACUCACUGUGAAGGCCAUAGUUGAAGAGAGGAGAAGGAAAGGAGGGGACUUGAACACCAGGGGUGAUUUUCUUGAUGUGCUUCUGUCCAAUACUGAGCUAUCUGAGGAGGAGAAAAUCAGCUUUGUGUUGGACUCCCUAUUGGGUGGCUAUGAGACCACCUCACUUUUGAUUUCCAUGGCUAUAUAUUUUCUUGCACAGUCCACAAAAUCUCUAGAAAAGCUCAAGAGUGAGCAUCAGAGUAUCAGAGCCAGCAAGCAAGAGGGUGAACACUUGAAUUCAGAGGAUUAUAAGAAAAUGGAAUUUACUCAAUAUGUGAUUAGUGAGGCUUUGAGAUGUGGAAACAUUGUUAAGUUUGUUCACAGAAAGGCCCUCAAGGAUGUCAGAUACAAAGAUUAUCUGAUUCCAUCUGGUUGGAAGGUGCUGCCUGUUUUCAGUGCAGUACAUUUGGACCCAUCUCUUCAUGGAAAUGCCACAGAGUUUCAACCUAGCAGAUGGGAGGGCCCAAACCAAGCAACAUGCAAGAAACAUAUUCCAUUUGGUGGUGGACCAAGGCUCUGCCCAGGAUCUGAACUUGCGAAAUUAGAGACUGCUUUUUUCCUCCACCACCUUGUACUCAACUUCAGAUGGCGAAUUGAAGGUGAAGACACACCGAUGGCUUAUCCCUAUGUCGAGUUCCAAAGAGGGUUGCCGCUGGAAAUCGAGCCAAUUUUGUCAUUGUCUGAACUUCAACAGGAUGGAAUCGGCACAAUAUGAAUAGAUGGAGAUGAUUUAGCGACGAAAGCAAGUCUAAACCAUGAGUACAUAUUACAGCCAUUUGUGCCUUUCCAUGGUCUCUAUCUGCACAAUGAUCCCUCAAUACCAUCCAUUUCAGGGCGAUAUCGGAUCCAGGCCGUCCAUUCUUGGCUCGACGGUUAGAUUAUGUCUAGUCUUAUUUGUGCUUCAUACUCUUUUCGCCAUGAGGAUAUGACCCAUUGAAUAGAUCAUCAGGAAGAAGAUACCAGUGGUUCAUGGUUAUUAAACAGGAUGAGAUGUGUACAUGGUGUAGAUAUAGUUUAUGUUUAUCGAAAAUUCCAAUCAAAUGGUUUGUCAUUUUAGCACAUUAA